UUAGCCCCUCGUUAGAAUCACGAUGCUGCCAGUUAACUCCACAUCGUUGGUUUCCCUGGCAAAUAGAACGGUAGCACUGCAAUGCACCGCUGUCUUGAGUACACAAACAGAAAGGCUUGGAGCUACGCUGGCUAACGUUAUUGUGAUGCUGUUGGCUCUUGUUGGGAACUCUCUCAUCCUGAUCGUUGUAGUGAGCUCGAAAAGUAUGAAGAACACCACAGAUAUCUUUAUUGCUAACAUGGCGCUCUCAGACMUCAUUUUCCCUCUCCUUGUCAUUCCGAGACGAAUCGUGGAGAUCUACUUUGGUGACCGCCGCUGGCUGAUUAGUGGAACCGCGGGCUUGGUACUUUGUAAAYUAGUGUUCUUUCUGCAAGACCUUUCCACGGCUGUUUCGAUAUUCAGUCUUAUUUUGAUAACUAUAGAUAGAUUUUACGCUAUCGUACUUCCUCUAAAGCGCUUUCUGAUGACAAAAAGAUCGUGUAUUCUCAUCGCUUCAUUAACAUGGGUUUUGGGGAUCGUUAUCCAUGGAGUUUACUUCGAAUCUUUCAGCGUAGCAACUCAUGACAACCGACUUCAUUGUUUCAUCCAGUGGGAUCCCAAAGGUCUAACAUACGAAUCUUAUUAUAUCUCUGUCUUUAUAUGUUUUGCUCUAGCGCCUUUUAUCCUCAUGGCAGUAGCUUAUUCUUUCAUUUUUGUUCGACUCAAAGGCCAGCAAAGACGUAUAGGUGUUUCGCUAUCCGAGCCACAGAACACUCAACGCUCGAUGAGACAACGCAAAGUCUUCUAUCUCUCCUUUGCUAUCGUAAUCUCAUUUGCUAUAGCAUGGACGCCUUUGAACACUGUUGUCUUUCUCGAUCUUUUUAUCAAAGAUUAUUCCAGUGAAGAAAAGUGUAGCUGGAAUACUUUUCUUUUUAUCGGAGUGUUCCUGGCGUACGCUAGCUCUGCCGUCAAUCCUUUUAUCAUAUUUCUGUUCAGUUCUAAGUUUCGUGUGGCUUCGAGGGAGAUAGUCAGGCGGAUUGGAAGACAUUAUGUGCAGAGAAGUAAUCAGGUUACAAACAUUACUAAUAUUGAAUUGCAAUGAUUAACAAUAAUAUAGGAACACUGAGUAAGCAGGUUGAACAUUGUCUCCGAUGUAGUCGCUAUUAUUAUUUUUAUUUUUAUUUUUUCGUAAGGGUGAAAGACAGAUAUGUAGAUAGAUAGAUAGCACCUUGAUUUCAGUACGAUGAUUUCAUAAGUGUAUAACGCCUCUUUACAUGAGACUCGUAAGAUAAAAAUCCUAUUUACAAACAAUGCAUGAUUUAAAAAGAAACUAAGAUGAACUUACUACCUAUAUAUCAUGGUAGAGAGAAUUAAAGAAUGAAUGAAGAGAGAGAGAGAGAGAGAGAGAUAGAGAGAUAGAGAGAGAGAGAGAGAGACUACUUUUCCUCAAAGGGCGAAACGACUUUACCCACCCUUACCCAAGUUAUUAAAAAAUCUAUCUUGUCUAGAUUCGAUUCUAAAUGGAUUUUAUGAAUGUAUUUUAAAAGGUUUUAGUUAUUAUAACACUGAGUAUUAUAGACAAAACACUAGAAUAGCUAGCCCACCGUGUUAAAAUCACUGAAAAUGUGCGUGCACCAUGAUAACAGAUAUUGCCAUGCUUAAAUGUUGUUUUGACAUUGAUGUGAGAUUACUAGUCCAUGUAAAACCCGGAAAAAUAUAUUACUCGACCAUUUUAAUUCAAAAAAGCAGAAGUUUUGAGUCGUGGUGACGACAGUAUAAGCGCCUGAAGAACAAACACUGAACUAAAAUAAAAAAUAUUAUCAACAGAUUGAAUUGUUUUUGAAAUAUAAAUAUGUACAUAUAGGUAUAACUAAUAUAUAGGUGUAUAACGUUCGUCAUGUAUGACGUUUAGAAAUGAUUGCUGCAAAUGUUAUUUUUCAUCUUUAAUUAUAUUUUAUAUUAUGAAUAUAUAGAUUGGUUGUAUAGAUUUUUCUUCUUUAACUCUAUAUUAUAUAGAUAUAUAGAUUGGUUGUAAUGGAAGUAUUAAAAAGUCACAUAUA